AUGGCCCGAGCGGCCCCGCGGGGAGAGCCCCCGGAGCCCCGGCCGCCGCCUCCCGCUACCGAGGAGCUGGGCGGGCCCCCGAGCGGGGCGGCCUCCGGGCUGGAGGAGGAGCCCGGGCCGGGGCCGGGACCGGGGCAGCCUCCGCCGCAGGCGCGGCGCCCCUCGGGAGCGCCCCGGCGCGUCCUCUUCGCUGACGAGGCCCUGGGGCUGCCCCUGGCCCAGCUGAGGCGCUACCAGCCCUGGAGCUGCGCGGGGCUCGGGGCAGGGCCCAGCGACGAGGACGAAGAUGAGGACGACGACGACGAGUCCCCGGCCGAGCUGGGCCUGAGCGGGAGCCCCCCCGGAGCCGGGCCCGGGCCUCCCUUCUAUCUGCUGCCCGGCUUCGUGCUGCCCCCAGCCCCGGGCCGGCUGGAGCGCCUGCGAGGCUCUAUGGUGGAGCUGGAGGACCUGCUGCCCCCCGAGGAUCCCGGGACGCCGGGCCAAGCGCCGGUGCUUCGAGGCCUCAUCCGGGUCCUCAACCUGUCCUACCACAAGGCCGUGCACGUGCGCGCCACCCACGAUGGCUGGCUGACCUUCCGAGAUCACCCGGCCCACUAUGUGCCCGGUGGGAGCAGCUCCCCCGAGGACGGGGGGCAGACGGACCGCUUCGCCUUCCAGCUGCCCUUCGAGCCUGCCAGCGUGGGCGCCCAGGUCCAGGACGGUGCCCGCAUCGACUUCGUGGUGCGCUACCAGACACCGGAGGCCACCUACUGGGCCAACAACCAGGGCAAGAACUAUACGGUGGUGCUGAAGGAGACCUCGGCAGCCCGGGCCAAGGGGCUGGGCCUCCCGGUGCCACCCGUGCCACCCCCAACAGCGAAGCACCUCCUUUGGGAGGUGGAGACGAAACAGCUGAAGAGCUGUAUGAAACCUGUCAGACACAGGCAGACUGAGGAGGAACUCAGAAGAGGAAACGUAGAUGACCCUGUCUCUUCGAUGGAAUGCCCUGAUGACGGGGACAGGGGGUCAGGGAGCAUAGUAGUAACCCCUCUGCCACUCCAACCAGGGCCACAGAUAAUACAGGUCUCAGAUGUCAUGGCAGCUAGCUCUCGAGAAAACAAAGGCUCUCACCUGUGCCUGCCUGAGACAUUCCUAGACUACCCACAGUCCCCCACCAUCGAAAUCCCCCCUUCUGCGCUGAGCUUGGUGCCAGAUCAGGGAGGAGCCCUGGGAGUCCCCUUGUUGGGGACUGAGGAAGAGGCCCUAUCGGAUUUGGCAAGUCCUCUGGGUGCACGGCCUUCUGAGGGCCACCCUGGAAAGUGUACAGACUUGUUUAGGUCAGAUGAGGCCCAGCCUGAGGAUGCUGUGGACCUGGAGUUAGAACAGCUCUACCUCACCCACCUGAGCCGCUUGAGGGCCGCGGAGGUGGCUGAUGGGGAUUCGGGGGGGAUCCCUAUAACUGACCCUGACCAAGAUCUCUUCCUGAAGUGGAUGGGUCCGGAAAGAGCCUUGAACAGCUCUCUAGCGGAGGAGAUUACCCUGCACUAUGCAAUGCAAAGUGUGCAGGGUGUGAUGGAGCUCCUUGAAGAUGCUAAAGAAGGUAGCAGCAGCAGUGGUGGCGAGGUUGAGGAGCUGGAGGCAUCUUCUGGUGCAGAGGAGGAAGAAGAGGAGGAGGAGGAGUCUGGGGAAGGAGACACACUGAAGGAAUCCCCUCCUGGCAUUGUCACUGGCAUGUGGCUAGCAGGACAGCAUCCAGGGUUCAUCUUGGUGAAGGAUGGGCUCAGUCAGGACCCAGAAGAAGAGGAAAUCCUGGGGUCUGGCCAUUCAUGGUCCUACUCCUGGGCAGCCCCUGAAAAGAAGCCAUCGGAUACGGAGAAAGAAUGUGGCCAGAUUAGUGCCAUCAAGGCUGAAGGGCCCUCUUCCUGCUUCCAGGAAAGGAGCGAUUUCUUGCCCAAUAGCAUCCCUACGCAAAAGCCUUCUGGCAUUGCCCAAGGGGGAAGCCUCUGGGAAUUCCCCAGCCAGCUGCAGAGAGCUCUCAGCCAGUCCUUGUGUGUGCUGGGUCUGCUGGUCUUCCUGCCCAUCAUGUGGAAUGCCUGCAUGGCCUUCAUGGGUUUGGCCUUUUAUCUUUCUCUGGCCUGGUUCUCUUAGAUGGCCAUGCGUUGGGGGGGGGGCGGGGGGGGGGGGCCUAGCAAUAAUAAUUACAAAAACCCUGGAUGGCUCCAGAUUCCAGAGGCCGUGUGCUCUGUGGGAAGUCAGUGGGAGAAAGAAGAAAAGCUCUUAGACACCCAGGCCCAAAUUGGGCCUACAUACAUCUACACAGGCCCAGACACACAUACACGUUUACAUAGAUCUACAUGGCCACCCACACAUAUGUGCAUACAUAGUACACAUGUGUGGCAUCAUGCAGUGGGUGGGGAUGGAGCAGGGAAAAGCAUCAGGAAUUGGGCUCUCUUUGCUAUAUUUCUUAGUAAACAACUUCCAAAGAAACCAGCUGAGGCUUUUGGUAGUGAGUUUGUGGAGUUCUUGCCAUUUCUGUGAUAGUUUGGAUGGCAGCUGAAAGGGCAAGCCUGACUUGGAGGCAUUUUUUUUCCUUACUCCUCCAGGUACCCAUUUGGGGGUGGGGGAGGAAUCCCACUUCUGUUAGUGCUUGUGGCCACGAGCACAGGGACCGGCUCCCAGGUUUAGACCACAGCUUAAAGACCUUCAUGGGUGGUUACUUGGGACCAACUCCACCAAUGGUUUGCUUGUUGAGCAAAAAAAAAGAGCCCAGGUGAAGUCGUGACAAAUUAGGGGGAAUGAAGCUGACCCCAACUUUGACUUGAUGAAGAAUUUCCUCUCCAACAUUCCCAAUCAAGCAAGCAGUGAGCAAGCACUGAGUGGGGGAGGGGCAGGCACUGCUUCCCAUUCCAUUUGUGGACAAGGUUUCCUGCUAGGAGACUGAGUCCUUUCUCACAUAUAGACAGCCUCUGGAAAACACUGAUUUGAUCUCCUGGAGCAUUUGCUGUCUGUUUCCGCAAGCAAAUCAGAAUUUGUUGGCUUUUUUUUUUAUUGAAGUGAAAGAUUACCAUCCAGAGGCAGAGGUGAGGCAUGUGUGAGUGGAUUCAGAAGCCCCUGAGUCCGACCCUCUCAUUCUGAAUAGGCCCGGAGAAGGGCUGGGGGUGACCAUCCGUCCAACAGAAGGAAGAGCGAGCCUCUUCUCAUUGAAGAGAAACAAGGAUCUCCUCCAUUCCUUGAAAGUUGGCCAGAGGAGCUUCCACUUGGGCUGAACACCUGAAGGGUCUUAAGGGGUGAAUCCCACUUCACUUAUUUUUCAGAAACAGGAUGCUCUGUAGGCUCCUCUUGGUCUCAAAGGGUACAGUGGGACUUGAGCUGCCCCAAAGCACUAGCGGAACCCUCCCAAUCAUAGAGCUUCAGGGGGAAAGAGCUAAACUGAGUUCAGGUUUUUGGAAUGUGAAUUUGGGGGCAGGGGCUCCUAGCCUCCACACACACUCCUACUCUGGAACACGGUUGGUUUUUUCAAAAUAGAAGGAAAUGCUAACUUUGUUAAGAAGGGGAUGAAUUUUUUACUCCUACCCCAGUUCACAGACCUCCAAAAUCCCUCCGCAGAACAAGUGUCUAAGAAGCCCUGCCUUAGAGUGAGGGCGCCUGGCUCUUUACUUCCUCCCCUGGCAGAUGAGGGGAGCUUGCACUUGCUGGCCACCUCAGGAUCACCCAUCCGUCUUGUUUGGACUCUCAGCCUCCCUCCCGGAGGUUGUUGCCUAUUCAUCUGAUUAUCCCUCAAGCCAGUGCACAUUAAGGACCUACUGUGUUCCAGACACUGUGCCACAGUUUAGUGAGGGCGACAACGUACAAGCAACAAUGUAAAAGCAAGCUCUAGCCAGGCUAACUUGGGGGUUCCCAGUAGAUUAAGGAGGCCUGGGAAGGGAAGCCACGGGGAGUGACAGAAGGGGAUUAUAAUGAUGGCAGCACCACUUCCGUAAGCUGAACUUUGCAAGGAGCAGUUUCAUGGAGUUUAUACAUGUGUGGGCCUCUCUUCUAUCGUUUCAGUAGUGCCCUUCAUGACCCCAUUUGGGGUUUUCUUGGCAAAGAUACAGGAGUGGUUUGCCGUUGCCUUCUGCAGCUCAUUUGACAGAUUAGAAAACUGAGGCGGCAGGCAGUGACUUGCCCAGGGUCACACAGCCAGAUUUGAACUCUGGAGAUGAGUCUUCCUGACUCCAGGCCCAAUGGCGCUCUAUCCACUACAGGACCACCUAACUACCCAUUGUGAUGUGAGAGAUUCCAUCCUCUCUCCUGCUGCCACAAGGGACCCUCUCCUGUGCCACAAGCUGCAGAAGGUUCCUUGCUUCUCAGCCUUUCAGAAACUAGCCCCGUUCCACACUACUGACCAAGCCAAAUAAACCUACUGACUCAUGCAUCAGAGGCCUUCGCAAGCUGCUACCCACUGGCCCAUUCAGCGUCUUCUUAUGCUGUUCCCCGCCAAGCACUCUGUGGUCAAGCCAAAUGUGUGUACUCUCCAGCCCUUGGAUCUUGUUCUGCUCUCUCUUGUCAGAGACACAAAUUUAUGUCCAUCUGUCAAAGCCUAACCUUCCUAGCACGGGGAGAUCAUAGUGGCCCCUCCUCUAGUUCAACUGUAAGCCUCCUAAGAGCAGGACUAUGUCAGCCUGUUUUUUCAUCCACAGUACAGUACCGUGCACACAGUAGUGGGUGAAUAAGUGUUUAUCAAAUUGAAGAUCCCGUGAGUGUUUAAUAUGUUCCACUUCUCAGUUUUUCUCUGUUCAUCCCUGUGUCCCUCCCCAUCUGUCCAUCCAUAUCUCUGUGUCCUUGUCUCUCCAUGUGUGUCCACGUUUGUGUGUCCAUGUCCAUCUCUGUUUCCCUGUCCCAUCCUUGUCUGUCUGUGUCCACGUCUGUCCAUCUUUAUGUGUCUCUCUGAAGAGCUCAGUCUGGGGCUCUAGAUGGGAACCUAGAGGCAAUCUGGUGGGGGCUUCCUAGGAGCCCAAUCCCUUCUGUGCUCAAGAUGGACAUAGUGCUUGCUGCUACUCACUUUAUCUCUGGCCUCCGAGUCGGGGUGAGAUCAGGAAAUCUGGCCCUUGUUCCUGUAUGCUUUCUUCAGCACUUUGUGAACUAGAUACAGAAAGAGUAGCAGUAAAUUUGUACAUUCCUUUGGGUCUACAUGGAUAGGUUUCAGAGACCAGAAAAUCCCCCAAGCUACGUGAGCCAUGGAAAAUAGAAGAGUUCCAGUCUUAGAGCGCCCUGACCUUCAGCUGCCUGUGCAUCCUCAGCACUGUGACUGUGUCCAAAUAAAUUCCCAAAUCU